UCUCAAUACACAAGGCCUAAAGAAAAGACGGUAUUGGGUAAACGUGGUUUCAGGUCAUUGCCACAGCAAGUCUGAGUUUUGCCGACUUUUUGACUGACGAACAAGAUGUCCAUACGCGUGAACAUAAUCAUGCUGGGAUCACAGAGUAUUAAGGUGACUUUCCUCGUCUUAGUCAGCUUAGCUGGCGGUCUUGGUCAGUUCACGAACGAAGUAGUCCCACCGACCAGCGGCAAGAUCAAAGAAUAUACGUUUACCAUCCAGCACCGUCUUGGGAUGGUGUUAUACAACGAUGAAAGAGAAACAGGCACCCCCGUGAUAAUCAACUCCGAGGGAGCCUUUAAGAGAAAUGGCACUUCAACUGUACUCCAGGAGUGCGAUAAAACUGAGAGAUUGACAGAUGAAGAAAAGAAGAAGGUCAUCACUGGCGACGGAUCCUACAAAAAACUUUUCACAAUCAACCGUCGAAUACCAGGACCGUCCAUUGUUGUCAAUGAAGGAACACAGGUUGUGGUUAAAGUGGAGAACAGGUUAAUCCAAGAGGCGGUAACUCUGCACUGGCAUGGCAUGGUCCAGCAGAAAACCCCCUACAUGGACGGAGUCGGCUCUGUAUCUCAGUGUCCAAUCACCCCAGGGGAAACGUUCACAUACAGGUUUAUGGCGUAUCCAGCUGGUACGCACUGGUAUCACUCCCACCUGGGUACCACUCGGUCAGAUGGGCUGUUCGGGGCACUCAUAGUUCUUCCAACUGAAGAGACAACCAGUGGCGAAUUUGACAAAGAAUUCAUCAUGACUGUACAAGACUGGACGAGAGAAGAUUCCAAAGAUGUGGUCAACGAGGUUUAUUGGGAAUUAGAAAGGUAUAACCCAGGCUAUGGAGACGUUAAAAAGUGCUACUACCAGAGCAAGCAGUUUGAUGGGACUGAGGUUGGUCCCUCUCCAUCCGUGUCUUUACUGUGUGAACGUAAAGGAUUUGGUUUUCUGACUGGUCGAAAUUUGCACUAUUCUACUUUUUAUUGGUCCCCCUUUCCACUUACAGGUUUCCACUUUUUAUUGGUCCAUCUUUCCACUUACAGUAUUCCACUAUUUAUUGGUCCCUCUUUCCACUUACAGUAUUUUACUUUUUAUUGGUCAAUCAUUCCACUUACAGGAUUCCACUUUCCUCGAAACGCAGAUUUUUUACCAAUUUCUGUGUAUAACCUGACGAGUCCGCAAGUAUUUGCGGAGAAUCCCAAUGUUCCAUUAGAGCGCUUCAUCGUGAAACCCCAAGGAAAUUACCGAUUUAGAGUGAUCGGUACGGCCAUGCUGUACGCCAUCAAGAUAUCCAUAGAUCAGCACAACCUGGUGGUCAUCUCUACGGACGGAAAUGACGUCAAGGAAAGGCGGGUUUCCCAAUUGAUAAUUAACACCGGAGAGCGGUAUGACUUCAGCCUGGAUACUUUCGGCGACAUCGGGAACUACUGGAUACGGCUGGAGACUCUGGAAACGUCUGACGUCAGAAUGCCCUCGGUUGCGGGUACGUAUUCGCCGACGCUCGGGUUUGCUGUGUUGCACUAUGAGGGAGCAGAUGACAAAUUUCCGAAUUCCUCACCAACUCCGUGCACCAAAUCCAAAAUUUGCACAGUCAUGAACUGCCCCUACAGGUAUCUUGGCGAGGAAAUUUACAAGUGUAUUCACGUGACCAAUCUGACAGGGGACCCCAUCCUCCUCAGGCGAUUCCCGGUUCCAGAGAUUGGAAAAGACGGAGAUCUAUAUGAGCAGUUUAUCAACUUUCAUUUCUCAGGCACAGUUGCUCAGAGAUCGUCAGUGAAUGGUCACCAAAUGGUCCUACCCUCAGCUCCCCCUCAGAUCUAUCCAUCGUAUGACCCGUUGACUAAAUGUCCGACAAACUGCAGACAACAUUGUGUAUGUACCUAUAUUGUGGAUCUCCCUUUAGGCAGAGUAGUACAGAUGACCCUCCUCAACAUGGGUGUGGGCGCCGGCAUCACCGGAACAGCCCACCCUGUUCAUCUUCAUGGUCACCAUUUUUACGUACUGAAGACCGGCUUUCCAACCUACGACGAAAAUGGCACUUACCUAAGAGACAACGAAGACAUUAUGUGCGCUAAUACCGAAAUGGGGAUCAACAGGUGCAACAUCGUUAGGUGGAACGACGCCACCUGGAAGGGAGACACAGUUCCAGGGUUAUCCACAAAGCCAGUAAUAAAAGACACAGUUAUCGUUCCUGUUGGUGGUUACGUCGUUCUCCGAUUCAAGGCCGAUAACCCAGGAUACUGGUUCGCUCACUGCCACAUCGAGAUCCAUCAGGUGGAAGGAAUGUCAUUUAUCAUGAAGGAGGGCAAGGACAGCGAGAUGCCACCAUUACCCGAAGGGUUCCCAACUUGUGGAAAUUUCGACUGGAGCGCUGAAGACUUUGACAAAGCCAUAAAUGCUGGUUCAUCCACCGGACGUUUUACUCGCACGUGGUUUGCUUUUUUUGUGUUUCCCCUAUUGACUUUCUGCUGGACAUUUCUGAUAUAAUCCUCUUGGGGUUUUUGUUAAGUGCUGAUAGUAUUUAAGUUUUGUGAACUAUAUAAGUUUUUGUAACGACUUUGCUAUGUUGGAUAGUUUGGGUCUAAAGUGAGCUUUAAAAACUUGUUAUAUUCACUGACACGUUAUAUCAAUUUGAAAUGAAACUGAGUGUAAAGGAAUUUGUUUAUACGAUCUUAAAAGUUGUAUGUGAGACGUUUAACCCUGACCUCCGGUAUCGUUGUAAGUUGUAUGUUUGACGUUAUUUUUCUCCGAAUGUUUGUGCCACGUCUGCAGCAAAAAGGACAAUAACACAACUCCUGAAACAGUGACAGUAACAUGUGAUCUAAUUUUCAGCCGAAAAUUGCAUACUUCUUGUACGAAGUUCAAACCUUAUAACAGUUCAGAAUCUGAAAAAUGGCACAUUUCUUUUGAGCUUUAUACAGUGUUUAAUGUGCAUAUAACCGUCCUGGUGUGAAACAGAAUUAAUUUAGCUUUCUACAAUACUGCUCAGUGGCCACAUAAUAUUGCAGUGGUUAGAGUGAUAUGGUUCCAACUCUUGGUAUAUAACCGUGGUUUUGGAGAAAUAUACUUUUACCAACUCCAAACAAAUGUCAUCCAGCAGGCUGCUGUCAUACAGUCAUUUGUCUGGAUCGGACGUCUGUUUCAUUCUUCCCAACUUAGCUUUCGGAAAUACAGAUCUGUACUUUUCCAUACACUGACCUGUAACUCGGCCUUUUCGAGUGUUCAUUCUUCCAUAUGUUUUAAGCUGUAUGCUACCAAAACAGAUUCGGUUCAUCUUACAGUCAUUUUUACUUUAUAAAAUCGAUUCAUUCGUGAAUAAUAAAGACCAUAACGUCACAAUCAACGCGAAUUUACCUGGCGCAUGGACAGCAACCCAAACUUCACUAAGUCGGCCGAACUCAGCAUCUUCCGGAGACAGAUAAAGAUGUGGAACGACUGGAAUGAAACCAAAAAGAUGUACACCAGUAAAAGAGCGGCUGACAACUUGUUUGAGUGUUAACUUUAACUUGUGUUUUAAUAAGGAACUAUAAGUAACUAUUGUGAAAAAGAAGAUCUUAAAUUUUGGGAAAAUCGACCAUGCCUACCCAACCAUCGUACUCAUGUGAUUCAAAAACGACGGUUUAGGAAGCCCUGCCUCUGUCCAAGUGGAAGGGUCUGUUACACUAGUGUUCAUGGUCUUUCCUAUUCCCGCAAAAUUAGGUGAUAUAAAUUCAGAAUUACUUUAAGGUCACGAAAAACCUGUUUUGGUGGCGCACAGCUUUGACACUUUGAGCAGAGACGACAAUACCGACUUCCAGUUUGGUUAAUGAAUUGAACGUUUUAGAGCGGUUUAUGUUGAGAUGAGAACAUGGCAAUGCGAUCUCAACGCUGCUUUCUGUCACCCCAACAAAGCUGGAACCAUGACUGUUACGUUGUCAAGUUCGGAAACAAAUUUAUUCCGAAGGAGAUGCUAACAUCCGUGUGUGCAGACCGCUUGGAAGAUAUACGCAUUGAUGCACACGAUUUGUAAUAUGCAAACAAACCUUUUACACUGUGUACAUAGAAACAGUUUUGAGAGUUGCAUAACGUUUUUUGCAUUUUAUAAUGAAUUUUUUUAAUGAAUUGUAUCCUUAAAAUAUAUCUGUGUAGCAGCAUUCACUAUUGUCCGGACCACGAUCUGCUGCCAACGGCGUUCAUGUGGCGGUUUUAGAUGGCAUGUCUUUCAUGACAUUGCGAUUUUAUAGAUCACGUGUUCUUCAGCACUAGGCCUAUGGCAUACAUCUUCAACUCGCAUGUGGGAGAGUUUAUCAAAUGUCACUUGUUUUACUUCAAGCAUUCCGGUUUGAUCGCCCCAUAAAACACAUUCCUGAGUAUGCCAUUAUGCAAUAAAUAUAACGCUGUUGAAUUAUAGUAUUUAUUUAUAUGCUUGAAAAUGCUGAUAUAUAUAUCAUCCAACAUAGUUAAAUCUGUUUGCAUACGUAUUCAAGUAGACUUGCAUUAAGUUUUCAGAUUGUACUGUAAUGUAUAAUGAGAGAUUGACCAUCAUAUUCUCUGCCUCGGCAAUGAUAAUUGUU